AUUAACCCAACCAUCUGCAAUCACAACUGUCAUUUGAGUAUACAACUUAGCAUGCCGAUGUGAGCGAGGUAUGCGUAAUCACUAAUCGACAUAGUCCGAAUGUAAUUCCGAAUUUUGAUUGAAACAAUUUUUCGCUGUUAUGAGCACUUUAUGAUGUGAAGGCUACAAUUAUAGGGGAAUACCAAUUGUUAAACUAAUGAUAUAUUUAAACACAGUUCCCUUGCUUAUUCAGGCUUAAUCCGCAUUAGCGAGCAGAGUGCAUAGCCGUGCAUUUGGUGGCGUUUAUAUACAAACAGACUGUGGAGAAUCAAAUAUGUGUUUGUGGUUACUAACAGCGUGCUUAGGGCUAUUGCCUGCCCAGCCUCAAGCCCCAAUCGUAAUUAUACAUGGAGUGCCGUCGCCUAUCUUACAACCAACUACAGCGGCGACUACAGCAGCCACAACAAAGGCGCCAAAUACAACUGCAAAUCCCACAACGAUGCCUCCUCCUCCCAUGUCUUCUAUGUCUACAAUAAGUACUUCACCACCGAUGCCACCUACAUCACCGACUACAGCGUCUCCAGCUACUACAAGAAUGACGGCAGCUACUACAUCAUCAACUAUGACAACACCCCGACCAACAUCACCUGGACAGCUGCCGAUUGACCCAAGACAAGGAUCUACCCAGGCACCAUCUGCACAAUUCCGUGUGCCGCAAAUUGAUGGAUAUACUGCACAAAAUCCUUCUUACGACAUGGCAGUGAAAUUUCCAAGAGAAAAACGAAGUCUUCAACGAACUAAUCCGUAUACAGGAUAUAGUUUCCACAAUUUUUAUUCUAAGAGACAUUCCAUAACUAAGAGACAAAGUUGUCGUUGUGUACCAGCCGGUACUUGUGCAAAUUCUUCAUAUGGUGCAGGGAUGAUUGAUUUUAGAAUCGUAACUCCUACUGUUAUGCCAUGUCCAACUGGACAAGAAUAUUGUUGCGGGACUACAACGAAUACAAUAACAUGUGGAACUGUACAGUCUGUUCCGGCCGUAUCUGUUACUCCGGCGAGUGGACAAGCAAACUACGGAGAAUAUCCAUGGCAGGCAAUAAUUUUAACAAAACAAAACGAUUACGUCGCUGGUGGAGUGUUGAUAGACCAACUCAAUGUUAUCACGGUCACCCACAGAUUAUCAACAUAUGUUGUUUCAGGUACAGCUCCGAAUAUAAAAGUUCGUUUAGGCGAAUGGGACGCAGCAGGAACUUACGAACCCAUUCCGUUUCAAGAAUAUACAGUUGCAAAAGUUUUUACUCAUCCUUCCUACAACCAAAAUACUCUCCAAUAUGACAUAACAGUAAUAAGAUUGUCAUCCUCCGUUCCGUUCACACCAAUGGCUGGGGCUGCUGCUACCAUAAACAGAGCUUGUCUCCCACCAUCCUCGACCACAACAUAUACAGGAAGGAGAUGCUGGGUGUCGGGCUGGGGCAAAGACAUGUUUGGUGUUCAGGGGCAAUACCAGCAAAUAUUAAAAGAGGUUGACGUUCCGAUUGUCGCGCCGGCCACCUGCCAAUCACAGUUGCAGGCUGCGAGGCUGGGCCCUUCGUAUGUGCUCGACACCACCUCGUUUAUCUGUGCUGGUGGAGAACCCAGCAAAGAUUCGUGUACUGGUGACGGCGGUUCUGGACUGGUGUGUUCUGUGAAUGGUCAGUGGGUCGUAGUGGGUCUAGUCGCAUGGGGACUGGGUUGUGCCAACCCCAACGUGCCCGCAGCUUAUGUCAAUGUUGCAGCGCUUUUACCCUGGAUCCAGCAGCAAGUUGCCACUGCUUAGUAAAAUCGCUACAUUCAGUGUUAAAUUACUAUCAACUGUCCUAGAGCUUACUUUUACCGAAAAUAUAUA